AAGUAGUAGGGUCUCGUAGUAGGCAGCUGGUUUCUCUUUCUCCUAGCCAACAAGUUUCUUGUGAGCCUGGGUCUCCGCUCCUCGAUCGGUCCCUAGCUUCUCUUCAAGAGCUCCACUCCACCGCAUUUUCCCUCCUCCUUCCCCUCCGCCCACGUAUCGGCUGUCGCUCGCGUUAGUGCUGCGCAAGCGCAUCGCGCGCCGGCGAAUGCCACAGGCGCGCACGCGUCACCUCCGAUGAUCCUCUCCUCCGGCCUCUCUCCCGCGGUCCCGCCCCAUGUCCGGCCCGUGCUGCCUGCGUCCGGCGCAAGGGGCGACAGAGACGUCAAUCAUGGAUGAACAGUGCGUCUGAUACGAUCUAUCUCCUCCCUCUCCGCGCGCCGUAUAUACCUGUAGACCGAUAGAUGGAAUGGAACCGGCGGGGUCGUUGUCGUCGUCGUCGUCUUCCCUCCGAUCCCCUUCUCUCAUCAUCCUGCAUCGUACACGUAUACCUGUCGAUCGCAUGCGCUAACGGCGUACGCCCCCGGCCUCCUCUCUCAGGCUAGAUCUCAGCUCCGUCCUCGUCCUCCUCCUCGAUCCAUCUCUGCCUCUGCCUCUGCCCGGGCUGGGAUUAAUUGUAGUACCAGCAGCACCCCUCCGAUCGAUCUCCUUGAAUCUGUUGUUGCUUGCUUCCCCAAACUUCUUGUUUUAUUUCUUUCUCGAUCUCUCUUCCCCUAUCUAGCUAUAUAUAUCUUCUUCCUCUAUUUAUGUAUCUAAUAAUAACUACACAUAUAAUGAUUAAAUAGUCCCGGCAGUCGGCACCAAGCUAUAUAUAUACUCCCAUCCUUUCCUACCAGCCACUGCCAGAGGCCACCACAAACCCAUCCGGCUACAGCAAGCAACCGUAGCAGUCGUAGAUGUGUGCAGCGCGCGCAGCGCAGCCAAUUCCUUCUUAGUUCUUACUCCCCGGGGCCUUCCCUCUGUCUCUCUCCUCUUCUCUUCAGAUCGACGUGCUGGUUGCAGAGUGCAGACUGCGUAUAUAAUAUACAGUUCGUUGUUCUUCCAGCUCCGCACAUAAAGAUAGAUAGAUAUACAGGGAAAAAGUGUAGUAGCUGGAGCAGAAGCUAGCUAGCAUGGGGCUGCGGGACAUCGAGCUCACGCUGCCGCCGGGGUUCCGGUUCUACCCCAGCGACGAGGAGCUGGUGUGCCACUACCUGCACGGCAAGGUGGCCAACGAGCAGCUCGCAGGCGCCGGCGCAGCCAUGGUGGAGGUGGAUCUGCACACCCACGAGCCGUGGGAGCUCCCUGACGUGGCGAAGCUGAGCACCAACGACUGGUACUUCUUCAGCUUCCGCGACCGCAAGUACGCGACGGGGCAGCGCGCCAACCGCGCCACCAGGUCGGGCUACUGGAAGGCCACCGGCAAGGACCGCGCCAUCCACGACCCCAGGUCCGCCAUCGUCGUCGGCAUGCGCAAGACCCUCGUCUUCUACCGCGGCCGCGCGCCCAACGGCGUCAAGACCAGCUGGGUGAUGCACGAGUUCCGGAUGGUGGAGGACCCCCACGCCCCGCCCAAGGAGGACUGGGUUCUAUGCAGGGUUUUCUACAAGACGAAGGCCGACGACGCCACGGCCGACAGCGAGCAAGACGCCGUGCGUAUGCCUCGCGGCGGCGGCGGCAGCGCUGAUCCGAGCUGCUACUCGCCUCCUCCGUUCCCCGCGGCGCUCGGCGGCAGCCACCACCACCACCACCAUCUGCCGCCGCCGCCGCCGUCUUCAGACCGCCGCCACGGCGCCGGCUCCCCCGACGACGACUUCCCCGGAGGCAUGGCGCUGCUGCAGCACAGCAGCGGCAUGUUCGACUUCCACGGCGGCCAGCCUCGCCCUCACGACGGCGUCGUCCUCGCUGGGCCGGCUGCUGCAGCGGCGGCGCCGGCGUCAAGAGACGGCGGCGAUCAGUGUGGCAGCGGCGCGCUCAUUGACCUAGGACUGGACGAGCACUACACCUACAACAGCCUGCUGCAGAUGUGAUAUAUCACGUGUGCGGAUCAGUGCUCCAAACAAGCAGGCGAUCUCGUCAUCUGAUUUUAUUAUUCGUUGGUGCAGUGGUCUAGCUCUCUGCCUCUCUCUGUGUGCACACCGAUUCCGUUUGUGCAUAUGUGCUGCACUCGUACCGUCGUACGUGUAGUUAAUCUACAUAUCAGUAGUGCUGUCAAUCUGUUGUGUUUGAUUCAAAUAGGUGCUGUGAGUAAUGUACAUGCAUAUUUGUUUGUGGAUCAGUUCCUGUUGCUUGGGAGCUCAGAGAGUUCAGAACCUAUUUGUUCCUAUUUUUUUUACAUAUCAAGUACAUGUUAGAAUUAA